UGUGACUUUGCGAGUUUGCCGAAGCCGCGCCCAGUGACAAAGUGAAACUGGUGUUGAGCAAAGAUCUUAUAGCGAAGAAGGUCUUUGGUGUUGAGUUAAUUCCCCGCGUCCGGGACCCUGGGCGAGGGUCUGGGCUGAUCUGAACUGAUCUGAUCUGAUCUGAUCUGAUCUGGGUCCCUGCCGAUCCAGGUAAGCUCAGGUCCAGCCAAGAGUAAUGUUGUGGGUCUGAUGGUCGGUGAUUGGAUGAGGACUUUCUCAGGAUGAUGUGGAGCUGUCUUGGAUCGAUACUUCUGCUGCUCAUCGCAAACUCUCUGGGUGAGUUUACAGUGAAGACCCCACUCGAGCCAGUGGUGGCAACGUUCAACACGGAUGUGAUCCUGGAUUGCCAACUGGUGCCGACCGAGAUGCCGCCGGACAUGGAGGUGCGAUGGUUCCGCACCGACUGGUCUCAGGUUGUGCACCUGUACCGCAAGGGGAAGGACAACCCGGACGCCCAGGUGGAGCGCUAUUCCGGGCGCACCCAGCUCUUCCCUGACCAGUUUGUCCGGGGCAACGUCUCCCUGCUGCUCAGGAAGGUCAACGUUGAGGACCAGGGCAGGUACAAGUGUUUCGUGGUCUCCAGCGAACUGGACCAGGAGGGAAUCCUCGACUUGAAGGUGGCAAGCCAGGGCCACCAGCCGGUGGUGAGAAUGUCGGGCUACGAGGGCAGUGCCAUCCAGCUGGGCUGCCAGUCGGAGGGAUGGUUCCCCGAGCCUCGGGUGGAGUGGAGGGACGGCGAGGGGAGGCUGCUGGAUGGACACGAGGACACCGUGAAAGUGGGAAUGGACAAGUUACUGGCCGUGCAGAGCUCGCUGACCGUGACCAGCGGCCAACGCGGACCCUACAAAUGUUCCAUCGGCAACACCCUGGUGGGGACCACCACCCACGCACAGCUGGACAUCUCAGACGCCUUCUUCCCAAGCACCUCAGGUUGGAUGGUUGGCUUCUGGGUCAUAUUCUUUGUUCUUCUGGCGGGCGUUGCGGCAGCUUUGUACGGCUUCAGGAGGGCACGGGAACAGGAUGGGAGGAUGAAAGAUCUGAGCAAUCGACCAACAAUCAGCGAUUACGAAUCUCUGCGCAUUACUCUCGCCAAACAAGAGACCCAAGCAGAACUCGAGAAGCAGAAAUAUUUGGAAGACUUGGUGAAACAACAGGACAAGGCUAAAGCAGAAUACAACAAACUUCUCCAUUCCAUCGAAUGGGGAAAGAUGAUGAGAUGUGCAGUCACAGUUCACCUGGACCCCGAGACGGCCAACGGCAACCUGCAGGUGACGGAGGAUCUGAUGUCCGUCUGCGAUGCCGGCGGCUGCCACAACGUAACUGAGAACGUCAAGAGGUUUGAUCGUUUCCCCUUCGUCCUGGCGCAGGAGUCCUUCACGGAGGGCAGGCACUACUGGGAGGUGACGGUGGACAGCUGCCACAAUUGGGACUUGGGAGUGGCGCGCGAGUCGGCCGAACGCAAGGGCAAGGUCACCCUAUGCCCAGAAGAUGGCUACUGGGCCAUUGGCUGCAGCUGGGACAGGUAUGAGGUGAAGGACAAGGUGAACGUCGACCUACGCCUCCAGGAGGACAUCAGCCGGGUGGGAAUUUUCCUCAACUUAGACGAUGGCCUCGUUUCCUUCCAUGACGCCGGGCGCAAGCGGCAGGUCCACUCCGUCUCGGUCGCCUUCCAGGAGCCCGUCUACCCCUUCUUCUGCCCCUGGAGGUCACGGACGCCCAUCCGAAUCACUCCUGUCCCAGUGGAGGAGUGACGGCUCUGCCCUUACGGAUGAACCGGACACUUGUACACAGCGCGGGAAUGUACAAGUGUCCCGUUCAUCCGGGUACGGGUGGGGGGCUGUUUGUAUGUGUGUGUGUCUGUUGCCCUUGCUUGGUGUAUCAUCAGGCAAUCGUGGGUGACCAUCAGUCAAGCAAUGGUGUUGGACCAUCAGUCAAUGGAUGACACAUCAUCAAUCAAUGGUGUUGGGCCAUCCGGCAAUGGUUGGAGACCGUCAUUCAGUGGUUGGUGACCAUCAUUCAUUAAUUGAUGGACCAUCAAGAGAUGGUUGAUAUACAAUCAGGCAAUGGAUGGAGACCAUCAUUCAAUAGUUGAUGGAGGCCAUCAGUCAAUUGUUGAUGUAGGUCAUCAAGUCAAUGGAUGGCGGAUCAGCAAUAAAUGGUGUUGGACCAUCAGGCAAUGGAUGGAGACCAUCAGGAGAAGGUUGAUGACCAUCAGCCAUUGCUUAUUUUAGUUCAGUUAGUUUAGUUUAGUUCUGUUUAUCAUUGUCACGAGCCGUCCCCAGUGUUGAGAAAGGAUAAUGGGUAUACAAUGUUGUGCAAGAUAAAGUCCAAGUUCAAACAUGCAAGUUGAAUCAGUGGUAAGGAAAGCAAAUGCAAUAUUAGCAUUUGUUUUUGAGAUGACUGAUAUAAAAACAGGGAUGUAAUGCUGAGACUUCAUAAAAUGCUAGUCAGGCUGCAUUUGGUGUAUUGUCAGCAGUUUUGGGCCCCAUAUCUGAGGAAGGAUGUGCUGGCUGUGGAGAGGGUUCAGAGGAGGUUCACGAGAAUGAUGGGGUUAACUAACACAUGAUGAGCGUUUGAUGGCGCUGGGCCUGUGCUCGCUGGAGUUUGGUAGGAUGAGAGGGAACCUUAUUGUAACUUACCCAAUAGUGGAAGGUCUGAAUGUGGAGAGGAUGUCUCCAUAAAUGGGAGAGUCUAGGAUCAGAGGGCAUCGCCUCAGAAUAAAAGUGUACUUUUAGAAAGAUGAGGAGGAAUUUCUUGUCAGAGGCUGGUGAAUCUGGAUUUCUUUGCUGCAGACGGCUGGAGAGGCCAAGUCAUUGCACACUUCUUAAAGCAGAGAUUGGCAGGUUCUUGAUUAGUAAGGCUGUCAAAGAUUAUGGGGAGAAGGCAGGAGAAUGAGGUUGUGAGGGAAAGAUAGAUCACCCAAGAUUGAAUGGCCUAGGAGCCUCGUUGGCAGGAAACAUGUUCCCGAUGUUGGGGGAGUCCAGAACCAGGGGCCACACACAGUUUAAGAAUAAGGAGUAAGCCAUUUAGAACAGAGACGAGGAAACAGUGGUGAGUCUGUGGAAUUCUCUGCGUCAGAGGGUCCGGUUCUCUGGGUGCUUUCAAGAGAGAGCUAGAUAGGGCUCUUAAAGAUAGUGGAGUCAAGGGAUAUGGGGAGAAGGCAGGAACGGGGUACUGAUUGUGGAUGAUCAGCCAUGAUCACAUUGAAUGGCGGUGCUGGCUCGAAGGGCCGAAUGGCCUCUUCCUGCGCCCAUUGUCUAUUGUGUCGUGUGUUCAGGUUCGCUGGCAGUGAAAGCUGGCAAGAUUAUCAGCAAUUAACUAUUUAACUGCCGUAAGGAUUGCUGAUUUCAGUUCAUGACGCGGAUAGAUCUACAUCUCCGAAUACAGAUUUGAAAAAUUCUCUUUUAAGGGGCCUUCUCUUCUAUUUCUACUUUCCUCUUUCUCUCUUCCUUUUUUUAUUUUUUAUAUACACACUUCACGUUUUUCUACUCUCUACCAUCUAUUUUUCCACUUUCUCCCCUUUCUAUUGCUUUCUUUUUCUUGUUCUGCUUACUUCUUUCUUAUAACAUAAAACUAGAGGUUGUACAUAGAAUGGAUUACGGUAUUACAUAGUUGGCACCUAAAAUUAGGUGCCACUGUACUGUUUUGUGCUGUAUUAACUUCUAAUAAAAUAAAAUAAAAAAACAAAAAAAAAAAAAACUAUUUUUUUAAAGUGGAGAGAGAGAGAGGAAACUAGUUCUGCCCUUUAUGUGAACCUACAUGCUUAGCUACUUUAGAAUUAACAGCAUUCCAACAUGUUGGUGUUUUUAAAUCAGUUGUUCCUGAGCCAUGGAUGAUUUUUAAAAAUACAUUUAGCACCAUGGAAUGCAUGUAUGUUUUUUUAAAUAAUGUUCUACGAGAUUUAAUAAAAAAUGACAUCGCUUUGAAUGAAA